AUGAAUUAUUUGUACAUUUACACCAUAAUGCUACAUUUGGCCGUCACAAAUGCAAUUCCAUUGUCAGACAGCGACGAUGUGGAAAACUAUGAGAGCAAUGCAUUGGAUAUGAGAACAUUGGAAUCAGAUAAUGCAUACAAGAGACAAUUUGGCUACCACGGUCCCUCCAUGGAUGAAUUUGAUGCGUAUGGGCAUCACUUGCAUUCUCAUGGGCAUAUGGACCAUGUCGAUACUCAUGGUGACAUGGGCUACGGAGGAAUGCAUGGGCAUAUGGGCCAUGGCGGAGUUCACGGUCACAUGGCUCACGCACCCCAAAUAGUUCACCAUCACGAAUAUCAAUUCCACGCACCUGAUAUCGAUUAUUGGUGGCCACAUCACUGGCCUCAUCACCUUCCACCACCAUUCCCCUUCCAUAAGAAAGAAGAUGACAAAAAGAAAGACAAGGACAAGAGAAAAGAAGAUGACAAGAAAAAAGAAGAGGACAAGAAAAAAGAAAAGGACAAGAAGAAGGGAAAGAAGUCACGAAAAUAAAGGACCGAAAUACAACAAAAUAUUUGAAGAUAAAUCUUCUGCUGUAAUCAGACAUUUUAUACAGCUAAUUACAAGAAAGAUAUAUAACACUAUUAAUAACUCUAUUAUUAGUGCAACACAAAUCAGGAACUGGUCAUUAUGCAGAAUCACCAGAAUUCUUAUAUACACAGUCAUCCUGUUAAGAACUAUACACCUAUUUAUAGUUCAAACUGAAUGACUUUUGAGCCGCAAAGCUGCAAGUACAGAUCUGAAAUAGCACUAAACAAACUUACCUCAUUUUGUCUUAUAAUUCCCAUUAGCGAUUUUCCAUUUUUAAUAUACAAGACAUUUGAAGACACAAUAAACACCUUGUUUAUGAACAAAAAAAGAGGGGGCAGUUUGGAAGAAAAUAGCUGAAUGAAUAAUUCGCACUAGCUAAUUACUUUAUGAAAUAAAAUAGUAUUCAUAUGUGCAAAUACUAUCAUGCCUGUUUUUUGUCAGGUGCACUGAUUUCUGAGAUGGCGGGUCUUGCUCUAUUGAUUAUUAUCAGAUCAACAUAAAUCAGUUUACGUGGCAAUCAUAAAGAAUGAAACAAGAAACACACCAACAAGGUCACAAAAAUAUCAAAGCUUAAAUAACUCAAUAUACUUAUUUGUUCCUUUAUCACUAUAUAACAAACCAAACCCUUUGCACAAAACAGAAGAACUUUAUUUUCAAAGUAAUAAUCCAGUUUCUACUGACUUUUUAGACAUUUUUGAAUAACAUCAAAGUUUCAUGGAGAUUGAAUACAAUAUAAUCCAACCAUUCAUUGGCAUAAGUUUGUCAAGAACUUUUCAACAGUGAUAAACCAAAAUUGUUUUUAAAUGAAUGGAGCUGAUGAUGUCAUCCUGAACAAACUAAUCUGAAACUCAAGAGUUAGCUUGAACUAGCCUUCCUAACGAAACAUUAAGCACUGUUACAAUGUUACGAAUAAGUUAACAACCUACAAGAGUUUUAAAUUACCAAAUAAACAAAGAUAACUAUCAUACAAAUAACAAAAACAAAUAUGAUGACCAAAUUUACUUAUUGCGAAAACCCCAUAGUCAAAAUUUUUAUCUUAAAAUUCAGUGUCAUUUACAGGUCUCUUCUUCUUUAUUCAUUUCUCUCCACAUAUACCUCUAGCCCCCGAUUUUGGCUUAAACCACUACAUCAUGUCCGUCAUCAUAGGAAUAACAGUGGCAAGUGUUUUGAGAUCAUCUAUGACACACUAGGUGCCAAAGAUUCGCAAAAUUGGUCUCAAAUUUCUUAUUACUUUGGUACUGAUUCCUAUGAAUGCUUCUGACAAAGCAUAGGUUGAGUCUUGUCAUGAAUAUGACAAAAUUUGGUGCAUCUCAGUGCACUCUUGCAAACUCUGUCCUUAUCCAUACAGAAUCUCUAUAAUAUCUUGGGUCACCAAGUUUGAUAAUAGUCCUUUUGUACAAGCAAUAAUAAAGCACGGAUCCUGCAACAGGAAUAUUGUUCAUUGCUUAAUUGAUAGGCUACCUUUUGGUACCUUUUAAUAUCUUUUGGAGAUUUCACUUCUCAUAUAUCUGCAUAUUUUUCAAUUAAUCUAUUUAUAUAAGUUAAUAUAUACAGUCUUUGUAAUAUGAGGCGUGCGAUCGCAAAUUGUCCAAGGCGUGCUAAUCAUCGCACGCGCAAAACAAAGAAUUUGCCACAAAAAUUUUUUAAAAUUGCUCAACUCAAAGUCGCCAAAGUCGGUUCUGUCGUUGUCCAAGGUGUUGUUAAAGUAUUCCAAUAAGGGAUUUAACAACAGCGUCAAAAAGAUCGCUUAACAGUUGACCCAAUGGGGAUUAAUCUGCAAUCAAUACCUGGUGCUUACUGUCAAAACCCGGCAAUUUAAAUUUUCGAUCCAAGAGAUGUUUUCACUGUUCGAUUGAUUAUUCUGUUCUUCGGUAAUCAUGGCAAAAAGAAAGAAAGUGGAGCUGGCAACAUUCAUUGGUUGAGGAAAGAACGAAAUUUUCGGUUUCAAGUCGGAAAAAGAAGGUUGCUACUUCGAUGAUGCUGAUGGCUUGUUUAGUACGAUAAAGUUGUUUGAUCGAAAGCAAUGGAACGACAACAAGGAUUACGGGGUCCCAGAGAUCAUUGCUUUUGCAGCUAUUUUCAAACCCCCCCCCCUUUCAAGCUUUCAAGGAAUGGAAGUCAUUCAAAAAAUACGUACAAUAUAAUGCUUGUGGGAUUGAAGCAAGAAAGCUGUGGAAAAAUACGCUUUCUUACAGGGCAGACGAGUACCCCAACCUGUGCAUUCUGGCAAAGAUAAUGGUUGCAAUAUCUGGCUCCAAUUCAUCGGUAGAGAGAGCAUUCAGUAUUCUCAGCAUAUUAUUGUCAGAUAAUGUCACACAGGGUUAUGGAGAUGAGACUUCGCAUCGCAGUCAAUGACAUUAUAUGGACUGACGAAGAAAGGGAGAAUAUUUUGAAAAGGGCAACGGAGAUCUAUCUUUCGAAAAGCAGAAAGCGAAAGCUGGAUAAUUACAACAGUUUAUCGAAGAAACCGAAGCUAGAUAAGGAGGAGGAAGCUGAAGAAAGCUCUGAUGAAGAAAAGUGACGGUGACUGUACUUAUUUUCAAAUUAUUUUAAACUUGUUUCUGUGCCCAAAAAAGUGUGUUCAUUUCGACGUUUGUGUCAUUUCUCUACCUUCUCAUUUGAUUGUUAGCUCAAUUCCAAAGGAAUACCGAUCUAACGGUAAGAUAUUUUUUAUGAAUAUCCGCUAAGAUAUUCACAGGUAAUAGAAUUUGAGUAGGGUCUACGGGUAAUAUAAUUUUUUUUCAAUCCAGAUUUCUUUAAGUGACUAAUUAAAUUUAACAUCUUUAAAAAAGAACAAGAACAGUUUCUCCGUCAAUUACCUUGGUUUCCGUUCAGUUUAUAACACAAAAGGUCUCCUUAAAAGCAGCACCCAGUUCUUGACAACAGGGAUGAGAAAAAACCGAUAAAAAGCGAUUCGCAUCGCACGCCAUCGCACGCGCAAAGUAACCAAGGCGUGCGAAAUGCCGCACACGGCCUAUUUUCAUAUUACAAAGACUGUAUAUAUAUAAAUAUUUACUGAGAAUCCCAAUAUAUAUAUUUUAUCCAGAAAUGCAGGGUUACCUAAGACUUUCUUUGCAUGGGAAAUAGAGAAUGCAAAACAUCCUUGCAAAAAGAUAAUAAGUAACCUAAAGGAUAAAACAUCAUCAUUGGAAAAGGGAAAACAUUUCUUCAUAUUUUAUCUUAAUAAAAAAGUUAAGAAUAAAUGAAUUGAUAAGAAAACUAUCGGACAUACCAACUCUUUGAACCACAAACAAUGCCUGAAAAGCAUCUUCCCAGAUGUAUUUGUUUUCAGUAUUCCACUUUUUUGUCUACAGGAACAAAAUACUAUCAAACACCUAGCUGUCCUGUUCCAACAAGAAUCAGGAUGCAAAAAGGGAAGUAAAUUUUGGUGUUUUAGUUAGACAAUCAUAGUUUUGCUAUAUUAUCUUGAUAACAGGUAUGAUAUUGAGAGAAAACUCUAAUCAUAAGAGACUCACGCUCUAAAAAGUUUAGAUUAGCAAGUAGGGGAUUUGAUGUUGAAAAAUUUAGCUUAUUCACAUUAAUACAUUCAUAACUAUCAUUAUGAUAAUAGUUCCACACAGUCACAUUAACUUGUAAAAAUUUACAUUUCUUUAAAGGAAAUAUUUGAGAAGGUUAUUUCCAAUUUUCAGUAUAGAUGUCACAAGUAUAUGCCACAUUUUCUAUAAUUUGGUUUGUCAUCAAAUAUAAUAAAUUGCAAAAUUAAGAAAAAAAAUUGUAUUACAACCAAGUCUCUUUGAACCUAGUCCCUCUCCUUCUCUCUGUGAUGUCAAAAGGUUGGUAUAGGCAUCAAUAUGAAUUUUACUUCUGAAUUGUGAAAAUUUAUAAGGAUGGACCAUCUCUGAAAAAUUUUAUUGAAACCAUAUGGGAAAAUUACACUUACCACAGUCCAGACAUGUAGUCCCACAGAUAAUGCCAGAUAAAAAAUUGUCACAAUGAUGGUUGUUUUAAACUUUCGCACAAGCAGAUAGACUAAGCCAGCUUGGAACACAUAAGUGUUGAAGAAGACCAGGAACAGGACAAUCAGUGCAAAAACAAGAGACACAUCUUGAAUG